UUCCGGUUUUUUACGGCAGCUUGCUAGUUUCCUUCCACAAACAGAGAUGUCAGCUGGCUGAGAGAUGACAUGUACACACAGCAAAUAAAACAAACGAACGGCGUCGAAACAAACUUUAGCAGAAACGCGCGAUUACGCGACGCAAACAUUGCUUCGAGGCGACGUAGUAAACGCGAAAGAGUGAACGCGCAAUGGGUGAGCAGAAAUGUGUUGACUAGUCAGCUGACUAGCCUGAUAACAGCAACUACAGCAAUGCAAUAAAUACAAACUCAGAUACAAGUUGCUUGUUUAACAGAUGUUUGGAUUUGUCUUCGCACUUAUUUUAACGGGAAAUCGACUCUUAUGUGUUAAGUGUUAUGUUUCCCACCACUCUGUGACAGAAGAAAUUACUUCAGGCUUUUUUCGCGCGUGUUGCUCUUCAAGUUAAGCUUGAUCAGGUAAUACUACUAUGCUUGUCAGAGCUGUUUGCCACUCCCAGCUUUUACUGCUGUCAGGAAGUCAUUGAUGCCCUAUAUAGUGUUCAGCCUCGACUGAGGAAAACAGCAGUGGUUUAUGUUUAAUCCAUCAAAAAAAGACAGAAAAAAACAGACCAUGUGGUUUCAGCAGAGAUUAAAGGGGCUGCCCGGUUUGCUCUCAAGCAGCUGGGCCCGUCGAGUUAUAGUUGGAUUACUGCUCUUCCUCAUUUUCUACUGGUACUUGAGCUCAGAUGGGCUCCUCAAGGCUCUAAGCAUGUCCAGGGAGUCUGGAGGAGCUGCGGGGGUUUGUCUGCAGACUGAUCUUCACAGGUGGGUGUCGUUGGUUGACCGAGGGGAGGGAGUGGUUCUCACCCCCCAGACCAAAGAAACAGUGCCGUUUGUGGUCGGCAAUGGACAUUUUCUGGUGGAUGUGGAUUCUAACAAACUCUGGGUAGCUUCGUCUUCACAGCCAGGAUCUGCACCGGUUCACCAAACAGACUACAGCCCGAUAGCACGACUGCAGGUGCCGGGAACACGGUUGGAAGCCCGGGGAAUGAUGCUGUGGUACAGAAAAGGCUCUGUGCUGUCCACCCGCUGCAUCUUGACAGCUACUUCUCAGUCUUCUCGCGACUGCGUCGUCAUACGAGAGGAAUUUGUCGCGCAUCGCAGCCGACCCAAUGUUUAUCUUCAGAGGAUUCACAUAUCCAACCCCACAGACCGUCCGGUUUCGAUCGACGUGGCCACGGAGUCUGUGUCUUUUAGGAGCACCAUGGAGAAGAUGGAGGAUAAGGAGUUCGUGCUCUCCUCAGGUCGGGUGCUCACGGAAAAGAAGGACACCGUGUUGGUGGUGGUGGCCACAAAGAGACUGGGCACCAAGAUCCAGGUUUCUGCCAAAUCUGAAUACUCAGAAAACCUGGUGAGCGUGAUUCACACGUCUGAGCCGACCGAGGCCGGGAAACUGGACGAGACCCUCGGAAAGCUCAGGGAAGGAGUCAAGAGAGAGAUGGUGGACGUCCUCCGAGCCAAUGUGGACGAAUUAAUGCAAGAGCACCAGCAAGCAUGGGUGGAUCUCUUCAUAUCUGGUGUGGAAAUCAGAAAGAUCACAGACGCCCAUACGCCAUCCAGCCGUACAGUCAACAACACCCUCUACUACAUCCUGUCGACCUCCACAGCGCCCCUCCUAGAUCAAAGUCUGAAAGCAGAAGAGCACGAACGCUUGGAGUCCAGUCUGAAUUACGCCGACCACUGCUUCAGCGGCCACGCCACCAUGCACGCCGAGAACCUGUGGCCGGAGCGCCUGACGAACGUUGCUCAGAUCCUCCAGCUGGUGAAUCUCUGGAACUUGACCUUCCAGAAAAGAGGAUGCAAGGUCCUCGUGGCGGCAGGCACGCACGGCAUGAUGCAAGGCAUGGUGCUGAGUUUCGGCGGUCUGCAGUUCACUGAAAACCACCUUCAGUUCCAGGCUGACCCGGAUGUUCUUCACAACAGCUACUCUUUGAGGGGUAUCCAUUACAAUAAAGACCUCAUCAACCUGGCCGUGUUGCAGGACGCCGAGGGCAAACCCUUCCUGCACGUGUCCGUCAAGCCUCAGGAGAAGCCCGUGAAGCUGUACGCCUGCGAGGCCGGCUGCAUGAACGAGCCCGUGGAGCUGACCUCGGAGCUGCGAGGUCACACGUUUCCUGUGAUGGUGACUCAGCCCAUCACGCCUCUGCUGUACAUCUCCACUGAUCUCACUCAUCUGCAAGACUUGAGACACACGAUGCACGUCAAGGCCAUCUUGGCUCACGAGGACCACAUGGCCAAGCAGUACCCAGGCUUGCCGUUCCUCUUCUGGUUCAGCGUGGCGUCCCUCAUCACGCUUUUCCACCUCUUCCUCUUCAAACUCAUCUACAAUGAGUACUGUGGGCCUGGAGCCAAGCCGCUCUUCAGGAGUAAGUUACCUUCAACUUAUACUGAGGAAACAGAUCUGCUGGAUGAAGUGAAUUCAACUGCUAAAAGUCAUGAAAUAAUAAAUAAUAGAUGACGUUUCUAUCUGAAGCCUAAUCCAGUGUGCAGAAACAUUAAAUAUGGCUCUAUCUCUGGAUGUCCUCUCAGGAUUGAUUUUAAUCACUGGAGCCGUACCAAUGUAUUUAAGACUUUGUUUUCCAUUUUGUUGUGGGAAUUUAAUUAUUAAUAUUAUUAUCUGAUUUUUUUUUUUUUUUUAUGUUGAGGAUUAUGUGAGUCGUUAAGGUUAAAAUAUGAAGAAUUAGUGAUAAAAUAUGAACAAUUAUGAAGGAUCCAAAGGAGACAUGUAUUAAUUUAUUCUUUUAGCUUAUAAAUAAGCCCAAUAAUAAAAUCGUAAUGGAAACAACAUCAAAUAUGCAGCUCCUAAACACUGGUUUUAUGUAAAUGAAGAAAAAAAAUUGUAUAGAAUCCCAGUGAAAUGGAAACUGUGGCAGGUCUUUUUUUCUAUAUUUUGACUGACAUCUGAGUGUAACAGAUUUUUGGGAGAAAAAAAAAUUAGGGUGUGGAUUGUUGCAGAGAGGAGUCACUGCAAGAAUGAGUUCCAAAAAUCGAAGAUACAUGGAUGAAAAUUGGCUAAACGAAUCUACGUCAGUAUAGAGUUACUGACUCUUAUUAAAACUGCUGGGAAGAGGGGAUAUUUUAUGUAUUUAUUUGAAAAAUCAGCCUUGAGCAUCACAGAUACAAGUUUGUUUUCUUUACUGUAUACUUCAUCACAUGGAAUAUGGAAGGUGAAACAGCAUGUCAUUGUUAUAAUGACAGUUUUAGACCACCACUGUUACAUGCAGGUGAUAACCGCUUGUCUCUGAUUAAUCUCCCAUCAUGUUUAAAAGAAAAUAAAUAUGUAAUGUCUUGGACUUUAUUAGACUGUCAUCCAGCUGAUGCUUUUAUCCAAAGUGACACAGUCUCUGCUCAGAGACACAAUGGUCAAACAUUCACAUUUGGUGAAUGUUUGAAUUCACACUCUUUUUGCCAAUGACGGUUAGGAGAAAAGUAACCACUGGGCUUACCCAACCAGUCACAGGCUGCACAAUAAACUGGCCUUAUGGUCUUAUCAAACUGGUGUUCCACUGGUUUUAGAUGGCCAGUCUGUUUGUCUUCCGGAAUGACCAGCUGCCCAAAAACGCUCUAAAAUCAGCCCACAGACCAGCCUAAGACCAACCAAAUGCUGAGAACUUCAAAUGGAGGAAGGAACAUUUAAACUUCCAUUCUGACAACGUAAUUAAUCAAUACUUCGACUGAAAAUCAAGCUUCAAAAACGGAUUAUUUAGAUCCGAAGUGCCAGGAUGAUGUCACACGUGACACUUUUAUUUUGAUCAUGUUGUCAAAACAUUCACAUGCAAUAGACAAUAUGCUGUUUCCUAUGCAAUGACAUUAGCCAAUCAUAACAGUGACAGAUUACUAACAAACCUUAAAGGACCCACCCUUUACUCCACCCCAAAAUGAAAAUUUUGUCAUUAAUCACUUACUUCGUUCAUCUUCGGAAUACAAUUUAAGAUUUUUUGGAUGGACCGGGAGGCUCGUCACUGUUCCACUGACUGCCAGGUAAAUACCAUUGUCAAGACCCAGAAAAGUAUGAAAGACAUCACCAAAAUAGUCCAUCUGCCAUCAGUGGUUCAAUCUGAAUUUUAUGAAGCGAUGAGAAUACUUUUUGUGCGCAAAGAAAAAAAAAAAAGGAUUAAAUUCAUCUUCUCCACAUCACCGUAGCGCCAUUUUGGAGAAUAUAUGUUGAACACAAACUGCAUACGCUGUUCUGUGUCAGCCGCACCACAUGGAUACGUUAUCUACGUAUAUUUAUUUAUUUGAUUUGAACGAAAACAGCGUAUCUGGUGUACGCACUUUGCGUCCAGCCGAUAGUCUCCAAAAUGGUGCUACGCUGACAUGGAGGCAGCGAAUUGUUGAAUUUUUUUUUUUUUGCGUACAAAA